UCCCUGUUAUUUGCAGCUCGGUUACUACUGAAGGGCCCACGGCUGCGACACAGGGAGACGUUCCUGACCGCAACAUGGGGGUUCCGCUAAAAAGUGCCCUACUUCUCACAAGCCUUCUGGUUACUCUGUCUUCCGCUGCCAACAACACUUGUCCCCCCAGCUCUGUUAAUGAAACAGCGCUGUGUGCCAACAUCAACAGCAACUUUUCAGACCUUUCAGACCCAUGCCUAUGGACAUUUGAAGACUAUGCCUGCACACCAGUGGCCAAUUUCAGUACCUUUUCCCCUGAUCUGCUGCUGAAUAUGACUGCCUGUGCCAACAACAGCGGACUGGUCAAUGACACUCAGUAUUCCAUCUUGUUUUUCUCAAAGCUGACCAAUAACAACUCAGCGGCUAUGCUCUCCAGCCUAACUGGGCAGUUUGGGAAUGUGAGCAAAGAAUGGAAGCGUUUCCUGCUGGCAGGCAUCUGGCCCACUAUUAUGCAGAACGUAAACAGCAGCGGCCCUGCUAGUGGGUCCCCCCCUCAGCUGAUCCCAAGAUACAUUCAACCGUUCCUGCCAUACCUUAGCGCACCAAUGAUGCAGUGUCUGGUGGAUAAGAAAGCGCCAUGUUCCAGCAUCCAGGAAGUGGUGCAGGGUAUCGGUGCCGUAGACCCUGGUUUGGCAAUUACUAAUGGGAAAGACCUGUUUCCAGUACUCAAGUCAUUAUUAAAUGUUCGGCAGAAUUUAUCAGGCAAUGCCUGCUCACAGAAUGCCAACUCCAGCAUCUGGCUGGCAAGCACCCUUGGGAAAUUUGCUCAGUUUGCAGACUACAAUGACUUUGUCAGCCUUAACCCUAACUUCAGUGCUUUGGCUGUAUUGUCUAGCCUGACAGUGCCCCAAGUGGUGAGCUUCAGCCUGCAGUCAAAUUCCGCAAACAACUCUAAUGACGUUGGCCAGAUGAUGGGAAUACUGCAGAAUUCUGCUGAUGUCCAAAACUUCCUGACUAACCUCAAUUCAGCUGCAAUGAACAUGAGCUCCAUUCCACGCCCUCUAGCGCAGGGUCUGAUGAACAAAACUUUUCAACUCCUGGUUCCCAGUCUUAACCUCUCCAGCAGCUCUGAUUGGGCAGGGCUUUUCCAAAAUAACCUGAAAUCUCUUCUGCCUGAAAUCACAACAGACCAGCUCAAGCUCCUGCCCCAGAACUUCUCUUGUGACUCCUUCCAAUCUGUAAUGAAAGCAAUGGACUCCGACUUCAACCAGCUGAAAAAUGUAAAACAGGAGGAUGUUUACAAAGUCGUCAUUCAACCGUAUCUCAAAAACAAUGCUUCAGCCUGCUCACAGAAUGUCAACACCAGUACCUGGGUCACGCAGAACUUUGGGAAAUUCAUACAGUUUGCACCGUACAAUGACUUGAUUGCCUUAAAUCCUAAUUUCAGCGCACUGGAUGUACUGUCAAACCUAGCAAUGUCCCAGGUGGCAAGCUUCAGCCUGGGGUCAGUUGCUGCAAACAACACCAAUGCUGUGGGGCAAAUAAUGGCACUAUAUCAGAACCCUGGGGAUGUCCAAAGCUUCCUGGCUACAAUCAACUCAGCGGCUGCUCUAAAUAAUCUGAGCACCAUUCCACACCCUCUGGCUCAGGGUCUGAUCAACAAAACUUUCCAAGCUUUGGUUCCAAGCCUCUCAUCCUCCAACAGCUCUGAUUGGACAGGGCUGUUCCAGGAUAAACUGAAGUUUGUUCUACCUGAAAUCACAACAGACCAGCUCAAGGUUCUACCCCAGAACUUCUCUUGUGACUCCUUCCAAACUGUAAUCAAAUCAAUGGACUCUACAUUCAACCAACUGAAAAAUGUAAAACAAGAAGAUGUUUACAAAGUUCUCAUCCAACCUUAUCUCAAAAAUAAUGGUUCAGCCUGCUCAAAGAAUGUUAACAGCAGCACAUGGAUCAAGGCCAACUUUGGGAAAUAUUCUCAAUUUGCAGACUACACGUCCUUGGUUAACUUAAAUCCCAACUUCAAUGCGUUGGACGUGUUGUCUUCGCUCACAGUGCCACAAGUGGUCAGCUUCAGUUUGGCGCCACAGGCUGGAAAUAACCCUAGUGCCGUAGGGCAGAUUGUAGGGUUACUGCAGAACACCAACGAUGCCUACAACUUCCUGGCCCAGAUAAAUUCUGCAGCUACAUCGAAUAAUAUGACCUCCAUACCUUCUCCUCUAGCUCAGGGGCUUCUAGCUAAAACCUUCCAGACCCUAACCCCCCAAAUAAAUAACUUAACUAGUUCUGACUGGUCAUCACUGUUCCAAGAUAAACUGAGCCUUCUUCUGCCUCAAAUCUCGCAAGAUCAACUCAGUCUCAUCCCAAAGAACAUCUCCUGUGACUCCUUCCAAGCAGUAACCAAAGGUUUGAUCUCGGCUUACCCAAAAUUGACAGCAGACAAACAGCAAUCUGCCUAUGGAUCCUUCAUUAAGCCAUAUCUGAAUAAUAAUGGUCAAGGGACACCAAAAUGCUACAACCAAAGUGAUCCCAACUCUGGAUCCUGGCUUAUGAACAACUUAGGCAACUUCAUGACACUGACAAGCCAGACUGAUCUGUUAACUUUUGCAAAUCAAAGCAUACUGCAGAUGUUCGCCAGCAACCCAGCCACUGCCCAGUUUGCCAGCCAGCUCAGCCUGGAUAAGGACACCGCCAUUUUCUUUACCACACUCCUGACCUCAGGCGGGAAUGUCAAUCUGAGCAGUAUCCCGACUAAUCUCCUGUGCUUCCUGACACCACAAGCUUUUCAGAAUAUGAGCAGUUCUGAUAUUCUUGACAGCACCCAGAAAAUCAACCAGGCCUGUGCUAAAAACCAGACCCAAGGUCCUUCCGCCCCAACAGCUGAGGAAUUACAGGUCUCAAUUUCUCUUGUCAGCAAGCUGAACAACUUUACAACGGCCACUCUCAGUAAUCUAGGCCAAACUGCCGUCGGACUCUCACAGUCCCAAAUCAGUGGCAUUAAGGACAGUGAUCUCAAGAACGCUCUGCCUUCUCUCAGCGGUGUGUCCGGCUGGAAUUAUGGACAAUCUAAGUCAAUAAUCAAUAAGCUGCUCAAUUCCGGUUACCAGGUCACCAAUUUAGAAAGCUUAGGCAGCUUGGUGGUUGGGCUUCCAAGUCAGCAGCUCAUGGGUUUGGAUCCAAGUAUGAUUUUAAACGCAUCCAAAAAUGCCCAGUUUGCAAGCCAGAUGUCCAGUGCUCCUACUUCUCUGCAGACCGUUUUUGUUGCAAAGAUUCUAACCGCAGGUUCCAAGCCAGAAGAUGUUGUCAAAAGUAUUCCCAGUGCAAUGGCCGUACUCAUUCCCAAAUCCCGACUUGCCUUCAAGCCUGUUCUGGAUGACAUUAACAACAAAGCCUGGACCCCAGAUCAGGCCGCCAUGUUUUUUGACAAUGUUGUGCCUGCCCAAUCCGUCUUAUCCAAUAUCUCUGCCUCGGUUUUGCAAGGGUAUACCUGCGGCUCAAACAACAAAAUGAGUGCUAGCCAAGUUCAGCUGUUGGCAAAGGCUAUGUAUUUAAAUAACGCCAUUCUUUCAGAGGACCAGUUGAACUGCCUAGCCAAGCCGAUCGUCAAAAUUAGCUCUGAUGCAGACAUGGCCAGCUAUCCAAAAGAAAUAUAUCUGUUUGCCAGCCCUCCGAACAAUACGAAUGCAACAUCCUGUAGAACCUUCUAUACCAAUGUCGGUUCGGCAAACAUCAGCAUCCUUUCAGCCUAUUCCAAGAGCCAAAAGAAUUUCCUGCCAAAGGCCUUGUCCUGUCUGAAUGUGACAGGGUUCGCCCUUACCAGCGACCAAAUCCAGGUGCUCGGACAAAUAGCUUGCGACCUGAAUGGGACUUACAUUGAAAAUUCCGACAGCAGUCUGAUUAGCCAGCUGCCCCAGUGCUCGUCCCUCACUGAUGACCAGAAAGCUUCCAUUAUUAAAGUGAUCAGCCAGGGGAAGUCACCGUAUGGGCAACCAUCCACUUGGUCAAAAUCAACACUGGUAUCCCUUAAGGGAAUCAUGGGCUUUGCUAACAAGGACAUCCUCACAAAUAUUUCCAAUACUGUCUUAGUAUCUUGGAUAAAAGAUGCCCCUGGCCUGAAAAGGAAUCAGCUCGCAACUAUUGUCAAGACCUUAUAUCCCACUAGGGCACGCCGAGCAGUCAGCUGCACAGUUGGGCAGAUCACAGCAGAUAAUGUUAAGGAUAACAGCCUCCCGCUGUCUUACCCUACCGACCAAUUAGACGCUUGCUUGUCAAACCAAACGCUGACCGAUUUCCUACAAGACCUGGGCAGCAAGCCGUUCACGAACGGUCAGCUCAUCGUUCUAAAGAGCAGACUCGAUCAGAUCUAUCCCAGCGGAUACCCAGAGACAGUGCUUACCACACUCGGAGCCAUCGCCAACGUCUGCUCUGAAGUAGAUGUCGCAAAGUGGAACAUCACCUCAGUCGAUACUCUGGAAAGUUUACUAAGCAACGAUCUAGCCACCAACCUGGUUCAAGCCGUUAUUAAUAAAUUCGUUGCUGGAAACGCACUGAACGCUUCUGCAUUGAACAUCAUCGGCAGUCCGAACAUUUGCCUUCUAAACAGCACCCAAUUGGGCAGCGUCACCCCAAGUGCCAUCGGAGAUGCCAAACCAUUAAAUGUCAACCCAUGUAAUCAGUCAGUGAAGAACCAGCUGUACGGUGUUGCCAAUACAUCCUUCCAAAGUAUGAUCAGUGACUCGUCUUCUUACUUUAACCUCAAGAAACCAUAUCUAGGUGGGGCACCAGCUGCAGAUCUGCAAUACCUCGCUUCCAAAAAUGUUAGCAUGGACAUCGGAACAUUCAUAAACUUAAAUGUAAACUCAGUGCUGGGUCUAUCAGUCGGUGAUAUGAAAGGCCUGCUUGGAAGCAACGUAGCUGAUCUAAAGGCUCAGGAAAACAACACAAUUGUAAGCACUUGGACCAGAUCUCAGAGCCAGUCAGCCCUGGACCUGCUUGGGAUUGGGCUCACCGGAGGCAGAGCCGACGCCACCACAGCUGCUUCAGUGACCACUAAGAAAGUUGGUUCUUCUGCUGGAGCGGUUGUCCUUUCCCAUUCUGUCCUCGUCGCUGGUCUGAUCGCCUUCCUCCUCUGCUAAGUUCCACAACGACAGAAACCAUUCAGAACCUCAAUUAUGUUAAUACAAAUGGAAGAAAUUGACCAAUAAACUCGCUGUCCUGUCGCCAACAUGAAAAAUAAAACAAAAGUCCACUUCUACUCAUACUUUGAAGAAAAAUGGAGAAAAUUGCUUUUCUGACACCAAACGAGGCAUUCAGACUCCUCCUAGAGGGUAUAGCUCUGUAUGAUUCGCUAUUGAAAAUUCUUUUUGAACCUAUCUACUAUCCUAUUCCCAAUAGGCAGCAAGUAUAGGAAUAAUGACAGUUAUAUAUGCUCAAUGCCAGACAAUGUUUGUAACAGCUCCAGGGUUGGACUGGAAAAAAACCCAAUGGGCCUCGCCAACCCAAAACUGAUCUUCCCCAGAUCACACUGAAGUAUAAUGCACAUGUGCUCAGGGGGAGGGGCUAGGUAGUUGGAGGGCGGCCCCUUGGGGGGCGGGGCAAAGCCCAUUAUAGUAAGGUUAGCUCCACGCCCAAUGCCCACUCGAGCACUCUGGAUACUCGUGUGAUGGGGAUGGGGAAAUGGUCCGUCUUGAUAAUUUACAUUUUUGUCAAAUGCAUGAAAAUAUGCUCAGUAGAUAUUAGAGUGAAGGAGAGUAGCUUGAUUGUUAAAGGCUGAACCUUUUUCCUUCCCCCCCAACAAAUGACUCCUAUAGCAGCUCAUGACACAAUCAAUACCUGCUCUCUGGAAUAAAAUGUAAUUUAUUAUUUGUCUCAAACUGCAAAAGAAAUGUAUAACGGAUGUAAAAUAAUAUAUUGAAUAAAUCUUAAAGCCUG